AUGAGUAGUCGAAACAACAAUUCUACGUUUAUGAAACGAUCAGGAUCUGCUCAAGCAUUGAAAGAAAACCAAUAUAUUUCGGAUGUUCUUCGAGACCAAGUUACAACAAAUUGUCCAAAUAUUACUCACUUUCAAGAUGUUAAUGUAUCAGUGAUCACUUGGAAUGUCGCAUCUGUUAAGCCUCAUCCAAUGGUUAUUGAAGAAAUUCGUCAAUCAUUCAAAUGUGGAGAUAAACCAGCUGACGUUAUUUUCAUUGCUCUUCAAGAGAUUGAUAUGGGUAUUGUGUCUAUUAUGGUCGGAUCUACAGAAGUUUCCAAUAAAUGGAGUAAAAUUAUUGGUGAAGCUGUCAGCCAAGAACAAGGACGCUACAUGGUUAUCUCAGAACGUACUUUAGGUGGUGUAUAUGCUGCAGUAAUUGUCAGAAUUGAAGCUAAACCUAAAUUAGACGUUCACCACGUAAAAACAAUCAGAUUAGGCGUUUAUGGUAUGGCUGCCAACAAAGGAGCAGCUAUAUUUUACUGCACAAUGUCAUGCGCAAGAUUUGUUGUUAUAGCUUGCCAUUUAUCACCACAUACAGAAAAUCUUCAACAACGAAAUGAACAAGUCAGACAACUUUUGAAGACAGUUCAAGGAGCUUAUGACUACUUAAUUUUCGUUGGCGACUUGAAUUAUCGUAUCACUCUUAGCUAUGAAGAAACAUGCAAACUUAUCGAACAAGGAAACAUCGAAAGACUACUUGAAUUCGAUCAACUUCGCAAUUCAAUGAAAUCAGACCGUCUUAUCGGCGCUUUGAAGGAACCUCCUCUUGUAUUUGUUCCGACAUACAAAUUUGAUAAGAAUUGCGACGUUUACGAUACAUCUUCCAAGCACAGAGUGCCAAGUUGGACAGAUAGAAUUCUUAUUAAGCGAGGUCCAAGAAGAUUAGCAGUUGAUAAGUCGAAAGAAAAGAACUUCCCUAAAAUGCCAAAAAUUAUUGCAUUCAGAAAAGGCGUUUGCAUGUUUUCCGACCACAGAUCUGUUACUGCAUCAUACAUCUUUAAAGUCCCAGUGAUAGAUUACGCAAAGGUCGAAAAGAUAAAGAACGGAGUCAUCGAAGAAUUCGAGGAAAAGAAGGCAGAGUCAUCAGCCGGCGGUUUUGUAAAGUUGGAGGAAGUUCCCUCUUCCUCAAUGGCGAAAUCGGAAGAUACAUUCGAUCCAUUUGCAGAUAUUGAUGCACCUCCGAUGAUUCCAGCAACACCAGUGAAGGUAUCCAACCCAGGUACAUCAGAGGUGGACUUCUUCGGCUUCAACACUGCUCCACAAGCCCAAACAAAGCCAAUUUUCGACCCAUUUGGUUUCAAUUCUGCCCCACAAAAUACGACACCAUCACAAGCUGAUGACGACAAACCUCUUAUCAUAUUUGACUUCAUUGACGCCCCACCUGCUCAAGAAAAGAAAGAAGACCAGCAACAACAAGCUCCUGCGCAGCCAAAGAAAGAUGAUCUUUUGAAUUUGUUCUAA